AUGGCAAUGCAGUCGGCAGUCCGUCUGCCAACCCCGCCGCCAGGAGUUUCCUAUUCUCCGCGCGCAUCCGUCCCUCGGAAGCGGUCACCAACCUCGCGUUCACCGUCGCCAGAUCGUCGCCGCCGUGCACCGGCUCAAGAUGAUGCUGAGAAUGGCCAGUAUGAGCCAGAUGCGAGGGAAAAAGAGCUGGCAGAAAGGUUUCGUCGAACCCAAAGGCCCGCGGCCUCCAAACCGCUAACUGAGGAGGAGAAACAAGCAGCUGCGAAGGCUGAAUAUGAAAAGCUUUUGAACAUGCGUUCCGGAGGCACAUAUAUACCUCCUGCAAGACUGCGGGCUCUCCAAGCUCAGAUAACCGAUAAGUCGAGCAAGGAGUACCAACGGAUGGCAUGGGAGGCUCUGAAGAAGUCGAUAAACGGGUUGAUCAACAAAGUCAAUGUUUCGAACAUCAAACAUAUUGUCCCCGAGCUGUUUGGCGAAAAUCUGGUCCGUGGCCGUGGCCUAUUUUGCCGCAGCAUAAUGAAAGCCCAGGCUGCCAGUUUACCGUUUACGCCGAUUUACGCUGCAAUGGCUGCCAUCGUGAACACGAAACUUCCUCAGGUUGGAGAGCUUCUCUUACAUCGGUUGGUUGUCCAGUUCCGAAAGGCCUUCAAGCGCAACGACAAGGCUGUUUGUAUUUCUUCAACCACGUUUAUUGCGCACUUAUGCAACCAGCAGGUAGUACAUGAAAUGGUUGCUGCUCAGAUAUUACUCUUGCUGCUUCAUAAGCCUACCGAUGACAGCGUUGAGAUCGCGGUUGGGCUCACACGAGAAGUUGGGCAACAUUUGGAGGAAAUGAGCGGUUCGAUUGCCUUGGCCGUAUUUGACCAAUUCAGGCACAUUCUGCACGAAGCAGAUAUCGACAAGCGUGUGCAAUACAUGAUUGAAGUUCUGUUUCAGGUCAGAAAAGAUAAGUUCAAGGACAACCCUGCCAUCAAGGAGGAGCUUGAUCUUGUUGAAGAAGAAGAUCAAAUCACACAUCGUGUUGGUUUGGAUGAUGAGAUUAACGUUGAAGACGGGCUGAAUAUCUUUAAAUUCGAUCCUCAGUGGGAGGAGCACGAAGAGGCAUACAAGAAGCUUAAGGCUGAGAUUCUUGGAGAAGGAAGUGAUGACGAGGAAGAGGACGACUCAGAGGCAAGCUCUGAAGCGGAAGAGGAUGAAGAAGAAAAAGAGAUGGAUAUUAAAGACCAAAGCAACACCGACCUGGUUAAUCUGCGACGUACCAUUUACCUAACAAUCAUGUCUAGCAUUGAUUUUGAAGAAUGCUGUCACAAACUGAUGAAAAUCAACCUUCCUACUGGCAAAGAAUCUGAAUUGCCAUCGAUGAUCAUAGAGUGCUGCUCUCAGGAGCGCACCUAUUCCAAGUUCUACGGUUUGAUCGGAGAGCGAUUCGCCAAAAUCAACCGAUUAUGGGCUGACCUUCUCGAAACUGCCUUUGCUACAUACUACGAGACCAUCCACAGGUAUGAGACGAACAGGCUACGCAACAUUGCUCGGUUUUUUAGCCAUAUGCUUAGCUCUGAUGCCAUCGGUUGGCAUGUCUUAUCUAUCGUUCAUCUCAACGAAGAAGAGACAACGUCAAGUAGCCGUAUCUUUAUCAAGAUUCUCUUCCAGGAUCUUGCUGAGGUGCUGGGAAUGACCAAGCUACAGGAACGGUUGAGAGACCCGAUUCUUCUGCCCAGCUAUGAAGGGAUAUUCCCGACCGAUAACCCUCGCAACACCCGUUUCUCCAUCAACUACUUUACCAGUAUCGGAAUGGGUGUUCUCACCGAAGAGAUGCGUGAGCACCUUAAAAAUAUACCCAAGCCAACUGUGCCGGCCAUACAAGCCCCUGAAUCAGACUCUGAGUCUGUCAGCUCUUACUCCAGCUACAGCUCACGCAGCCGGUUAUCUCGUUCCCGGUCACUCUCCCGCUCUCGGUCUCCAUCUCGAGGCCGGCGUAGUGUGCGCGGGAGAUCUGCGUCUUACUCCCUUUCUCGCUCUCGCACCCCCUCAAGCAGAUCUAGAAGCCCUUCCCGGAGACGCCGCAGAAGCUACUCCAGGUCAAUAUCACCAACCCCUCCUCCACAACGCCGGGCUAGGCGUGCAUCUUCGUACUCCCGCUCUCCAUCUGCAUCUGCAUCACCACAUCCCCGCACCCAUACUCGCACUAGACGCUCUUACUCGCGCUCACCUUCUCGCUCCAUUACUCCUUCACGGUAUCGCCGGGGCGCAAGAAGCGAGUCACGCUCUAUCUCACGAUCCCCUUCACCCCAUCCCCGUCGAACCACUAAGGCGAGGGGGCGCAGCUUUUCGCGUUCACCCACACCUCCCAGACGUGGCACAGCUCGAGGCCGUAGCUACUCUUUCUCUCGGUCACCAUCUCCGCGACGCGGUCGAGCAAGUCAAAGAACCCGGUCUGUUUCGAGGUCACGAUCAAGGUCACGGUUGAGGUCGGCAUCGAUGUCUCGAUCUCCACCUCCGCGCGGUCGUGGCAGGUACCGUAGCCGAGAUGCACUCCCCGAGUCUUCAUCUGCCCGAGCCCGUGCCUUGGAUUACCUGUAGCCCAAGAGCGCAUACUGGCCAGGAGAUAACCUAUUUCGAGACAUGACCAAAUGUAUUUCCGUGUACUUUUAUCCUCUUAUGUUCUUGUUUUCUAUCCUGUCAUUGUUCAUUGUGGCUCGUCUUAUAAUCUCUAUUGGCUAGCGAAAUUGAUUUGGCUGUUGCAGGCCGUUUUUAUACCUCAUAUCACUCUAAAUUAAUAUCAGUCAAAUUGGGAAAGCAAAUUUUAUAGUGAGAGUGAGUUAUAAUAUUAUCAUAAACUUAAGAAUACCAACCUGCGGUAUUCAUCGGUAGAUAUUCCUACUUAUUACACCGUUUUCAUGUAUAUAUAUUUGUCUCUGGUCCUCAACCAAGUCAUAGAGGAUGGCUAUCCACGACUAAGGCGGCUUCAACCCGCACAAGAUCGCCCUAGCUCAAAGCCCUGUGGAAUCAUUUGACCAGACAUAGCUUCACAAUCAUGUCUUAUAACCCGUUCAGCUACCAGGUAUGAUAAACCAUCUCCAUAUAGCGGAGUCCACCACCAACCCCAGCCGGCUGGCUGGAGCCUCAACAAAAUAAGAUAGAACAAAAUAAAAUGCACGGCUACGCAUCUAUGUAUUCCCCCAAAGGAGCAACAUCCCAGUCCCGUAAGAAACCAGGUAGGAUUUUACAGCCCGGGUCAAGUUUUCAUACCUAUAACAAAAUAAGCUAGAUUAUACGAGAUGUCGUGCAGGACUGAACCAGAAAAGAGGGAGGGAGGGAGAAGCGCACCAGGUAUUUGAACACCUUUGUAUCCCGUCGUUUUAGAGGGGGAAGGGAGUUU